CCCUUCCCUUCUCUUUUCCCGUCGCCCCCUUCCCCUUGUCGCACUUCGCUCUCCUCUCCUCGUCGUCCUAGGGUCCGGUCGGUCCGGUCCGGUCUGACGUCCCCCUUCCGAGGUCGCGAAUUGUCGUCGUCCCUUGUGCAGGGAGGGCAGUCUCUCCUCUCCUCUCUCCUCUCCUCUCGCGCUCGCUCUGUGACGCUGGCGGAGUGUCGCCCUCUGUUGCUCAUCCUGGCACCGCAGGCGGCCUCGCUCGCUGCUGCCUUGGGUUCUCCCGUCCUUCUGAUCGUCCGUCUCCUCUGUGGGCUUGUCAUUUUCUCGAAGAUCGAUUCCGAUCGGGAGAAGGGCAGGCAGAUGCUGGCAUUGCGCUGGUGUUGUGGUUAAUGGAGCAUGAGUAUGGCUAAUUUGAGGUGAGGUGAGUGCGGAAGGGAACGGAGAAGCAGAUUAGCAGCGGGCAGGGGCGGUUUUGGUGGCGUCGUCGUGUACAGACGCAGCAGCAGCAGGAGAGAAGGUGCAGGGCGGAGCGGCGAGGCUCGCUUGGAUUGCUUCCAACGGAGAAGUUGACUACAGGACCAAGGUGUAGGGGAGCUGUUAGUUGUCUGUGGUGAGAGAGAGGGAGGUUUGAGGAGGAGGAGGAGGCUGAAGAGAUGGACAGCAAUAAGGAUGAGGGAAAUAAGUGCAUGCAGAUUGGAAGGGCAGCCUUGGAAGCCGGGGACAGGGAGCGGGCGAUCAAGUUCUUCACCAAAGCGCAGCGACUGUACCCUAAUCCAGAUGCAGAAGCUCUACUGUCAUCGUUGUACGAAGGCAGCGGUAAGCAGGCCGCAGACGAGAAGCCGUCCAUGAAGCGGGGUGAUUCCAUGGACGCCAGAGAGGAGAAGAAAGACGGGAACGCCGGGAUUCGACACAGAAAUGGAUUCCACCAGGCAGGAUCCAGCAGUACGGCUGGAUCCUCCGACGCCAGUGCCGAGCAGAUCGAAAUUGUCGCCAGGAUUAAGCGGACCAAGGACUACUAUCAGAUUCUCGGGGUGACCAAGGAGUGUUCCGAGGAGGAUGUGAAGAAGGCGUAUCGCAAGAUUUCUCUCAAAGUGCACCCGGACAAGAACAAGGCAUCGGGAGCAGAGGAGGCUUUCAAGGCUGUCAACAAGGCCUUCCACUGCCUGAGCGACUCGGAGCUUAGAGCCAAGUACGAUUCGUACGGUGCCGAUGAAGAUCACGAGUUCCACAAUCCCAUUAGGCGCCGCAGGACGGCCGGAAAUCCUGUGUUCUACGAGGACAUUUUUGAGCCCAACGACGUUUUCAAUUCAUUCUUCUUCGGCAUGCAACAACCGCAAGGAGCGUUCCGCAGAGCACAUUUCACCCGAGCUGCAGGAGCUGAUGCCCGAGGAGGCCGGCAGGAGAACCACUCGAACAACUUGCUGGGUCUCUUGCAGCUGCUGCCCAUUCUCGCCUUGUUUCUCUUCAGCUACUUCCCCUUCUCUCAACCAAUUUAUUCUUUAGAAAAAGUGGCACCAUAUCAGUUCCAACAGAAGACCAAGGAGUACGGGGUGACGUUUUACGUGAAAGCGGCCGAGUUCGACCGAGAAUACCCGCUAGGCAGUCACUCGCGGAGGCAGGUCGAGGCCCAGGUGGAAAGAGACUAUAGAGAAAUCCUUAUUCACAAUUGUCGUGUAGAGCAGGGCUAUCACAGGUGGGGCCAGGUUAGGGAACAUCCACACUGCGAGAAGCUGCAACGAUUUACACGGGUCUCUUAAUCGCCAGCGUGCUGGCGAUGCGGAAUCUCUCAGCGGAGCUGGAUAUGUUUUGAAGUCACUCGAUAAGACACAAGGAGCUAUGUGAUGAGUCCAUACUGGACCUGACCUGUUGGAGGCUUAACAGGCUAAAAGCAACAUACUUGACCAACAGUGUGAUGAACUGAAGUCCGUUUUGCUCUUCUUUCAUUGUUCUGUUGCAGAGAGCUUCACACGGCAAUAGUUAGGUUUGAUAACUUGUUGACGAGACCCUUGAAUCACACUUAAACUGCCCAAUCCGCUCAUGCCGAGCUUUAAGUUGGUGCAAGUGGGAGGGCGACUUCCCGGCCGAUUGAUUAUGAUGAUUUACAUGAGGUAUUCUAUGCUGACUUCUGGGAACUUCUCUUCAAGGUGUACUCUUGCUUUAAUCUACGAGUAUCUGUCUGUGGAGUGCAUGCCGAGCGGCAGCUUCUUUGUGUCCCUCCUUGUUCCUAUCAAUUGUGUAUAUCACAGGUAAACUAUUGUUCUGUCUCAUCCAAGUGGAAAGCUAGAAUUGCAAGGUCCGACAAAUUGUUGGCGUCUUUGCGGCUUGGAAUUGAAAGGCUGAACGUUGCUGUUCACUUGAGAGACUGCAAUAAACAAUCUGCAGCGAUCCUCUUUUUGGAUUCGCAAACCUAGAGCUGACUAAUUGCAACUUUUGUGCAUAGUUGAAUAUGCAAGAAGAGGACCACGUUUGCAAGGAUUAGGUGCUUGCUUUGUGCGUGGUCAUAAUUGCUUUCAUUUUGCCUCGAGGUUGCAGUUUUAAACCACCAGCUCAAAGUGUAGUGCUGGUCGAGUUCUAGAGUGUUGUGGAAGUUUGUCUGUUGACUAUCCAAAGAAGUUUUUAUUACGAGGGAAUAUUUCGUUUUGCAACUGCAAAGGUUUGAUACUGGGCGAUUACAGCUCGUGUCAACGCAAGUGCUAGUGACAACAGUGAUCAAACAUGUAAUUCAGUUGUUAAAACCAGGUC